CACAGUGGAGAAACUGUGCCUCGUUGUCGCGUAUGAUUCGAACCACCCAUUGUUAGUUCUUGGACGUCUGUUUGGUUCUGUUCAGUUAUUUUCAAAGGAUACGUUAAGAAGGAAAAGGGAAAAAACAUCAACGGCAUUUCAAGUGGAUUUCCAAUGGAUAUUCCGAUCUGAGGAGGUGCGCGAGAGCACGGUAGAAGUAGAGAAGUAGUCACGGAGCCCACAGCGCCACCAUGAGGUCGGAGGCCUGGCUGCUGUCCCUCACCCUUCUGCAGGUGGCGGGAGCCGGCUUCCCUGAGGACAGCGAGCCUAUCAGUAUUUCCCAUGGCAACUAUACAAAGCAAUAUCCUGCAUUUGUGGGCCAUAAACCAGGCAAGAACAACACGCAACGACAUAAACUGGACAUUCAGCUGAUUGUUACAUUGAACCGGACCCUGUACAUCGCCGCAAGGGAUCAUAUCUACACAGUGGACAUCGACACAGCCAACAGCGAAGAGAUCUUUUUCAGCAAGAAGCUGACAUGGAAGUCCAGGCAGGCGGAUGUGGACACCUGUCGGAUGAAAGGGAAGCACAAGGAUGAAUGCCACAAUUUCAUCAAGGUGCUCCUGCAGCAGAACGAGGACACGCUGUUUGUGUGCGGAACCAAUGCAUUCAACCCUGCCUGUCGCACCUACACGUUGGAUGCACUGGAUGUCCUUGGGGAGGAGAUUAGUGGAAUGGCACGCUGCCCUUAUGAUGCCAAGCAUGCCAACGUUGCCUUGUUUGCUGAUGGAAAGCUUUACUCGGCCACAGUAACGGACUUUCUGGCCAUCGACGCCGUCAUCUAUCGUAGCCUGGGAGACAGUCCAACACUGCGCACUGUCAAACAUGACUCCAAAUGGCUGAAAGAGCCCUACUUUGUCCAGGCUGUGGAUUAUGGGGACUUCAUCUAUUUCUUCUUCAGAGAAAUUGCUAUGGAGUACAACAGCAUGGGAAAGGUGGUGUUUCCCCGCGUGGCACGGGUCUGUAAGAAUGACCGCGGCGGCUCUCAGCGUGUGCUGGAGAAGCAGUGGACGUCGUUCCUGAAGGCGCGGCUCAACUGCUCCAUCCCCGGAGACUCCCACUUCUACUUCAACAUCCUCCAGGCCGUCACCGAUGUCAUCCACGUCAGCGGGCGCCACGUCGUCAUGGCAACCUUCUCUACUCCAUACAACAGCAUCCCUGGCUCGGCUGUGUGUGUGUACGACAUGGCAGAUGUGGCGGCGGCCUUCUCCGGCCGCUUCAAAGAGCAGAAGUCUCCCGACUCCACCUGGACCCCUGUCCCCGAGGAGAAGGUGCCCAAGCCCAGACCGGGCUCUUGUGCUGGCGCGCCAGCCACGGAGAGGUACAAGGUGUCCAACGAGUUUCCUGAUGACACCCUGAAUUUCAUCAAGAUGCACCCUCUGAUGGACGAAGCUGUGGCCUCCAUUGGCCACCGACCCUGGUUCCUCAAAACUAUGGUCCGGUAUCGGCUGACGCGGAUCGCGGUGGACAGCGCGGCGGGGCCGUAUGGGAACCAUACAGUGGUGUUCCUGGGCUCCGAGCGAGGGAUCAUCCUCAAGUUCCUGGCCAAGCUGACCAACGGCCUCCUCAAUGACAGCCUGUUCCUGGAGGAGCUCAAUGUCUACAACCCUGACAAGUGCAGCAUCGACGGCGUGGAGGACAAGCGCAUCGUCAGCAUGCAGAUCGACAGCAGCGGCCACUCUCUGUUCGUGGCCUUCACCUCCUGCGUGGUCAAGGUGCCGCUCUCACGCUGCCACCGCCACGGGAAGUGCAAGAAAUCAUGCAUUGCCUCCAGGGAUCCAUACUGUGGAUGGGUAUCAGAGGGAGCAUGCAAGCCAUUGAUGCUCAACACAAAAUGGGCGUUUGAGCAGGACGUGGAGCAGGGAAACACAGAUGGACUGGGAGACUGCCAAAACUCCUUUGUGGCCCUGAAUGCAGGCGCCCCCACUGCCCCCCUGCUCACCACGGCUCUGGCCCCAGCCGCCGGACCUCUGGGCCGUGGGGGGAUGGUCAAAGCGGAGGAGGCCGCGCGCGAUAAGACGGACCCCUACAUGGCAGUGCCCUCGCAGACGCAGCAGGAUGCCAGCGGUGUGAUCCGUGAGAGCUACCAGAAGGAGCGCGACCAGAUGGUGCCCGUGACGCUGCUGGCCAUCGCGGUGAUCCUGGCGUUCGUGAUGGGCGCCGUCUUCUCGGGCCUGCUGGUGUACUGCGUGUGCGACCAGCGCCGGCGCCACUUCGAGACGUCCUCGCGCCACGACAAGGAGCUCCCGCACUCGCGCCGCGGCUCCAUGAACAGCGUCACCAAGCUCACGGGGCUCUUCGAGACGGGCGGCGGUGCCAAGGACCCGCGCGCCAACGACGCCAUCCUCACGCCGCUCAUGCACAACGGGCGCCUGGCCUCGGCCGCCAACGGCAAGAUGCUCAUCAAGGCCGAGCAGCACCUGGACCUGUCGGCGCUGCCCACGCCCGAGGCCACGCCCAUGCAGCCGCGCCGCAAGCCCAGCAGGGGGAGCCGCGAGUGGGAGCGCAACCAGAACCUCAUCAACGCCUGCGCCAAGGACCUGGGCGGCCUGGGCUCGCCCACGCUCAUCCCCACCGAGCUGCCGCUGCGCUCCUCGCCCGGCCACAUCUCCAGCGUGGUGGUGCUGCCGCUGCCCCAGCACCAGAUGCAGAUGCAGAUGCAGAUGCAGAUGCAGGCCUACCAGCACGAGUACGUGGAGCAGCCCGGCGGCCCGCGGGAGCAGCUGGAUGACCAGGGCGCCACGCUGGAGUACAAGACGCUGAAGAGCCCGUGCCCAGGCGGCCUGACGCUGGUGGAGGACGGCGAGGGUGGCGUGAGCGUGGGCAUGCUGCUGCCGCCGCGGGUGCCCCAGCGCGAGGCCUCGCUCAGCGUGCCCCCGCCCGCCGUCCCGCAGAUGGGCAAGCGGCUGGAGGUGCACGGGCACGGCCACGGGCAGGAGCACCGGCGCGGCUACGCCCUCAAGGCCUCGGCCGCGCUCAAGCGCCACAACACCAACUCCUCCAACUCCUCCCAGCUGGCGCGCAACCACAGCUUCUCGCGCGUGGAGACCCCUCCGCCCGCCCCCCAGCGCGUGGACUCCAUCCUCAUGACCACGCUGUCGCGGGCGGGGGGGUCCUACGGCUCUCUGCCCCGUUGCGGUGCCCGGCUGUUCAGGCCCGACGUGCCGCCCAAGCCCUCCCCCGCCUCCCUGGCCUCCUCCCGAGUCAUGUCCCCCAGCGGCGACUCCUACACAUAAUGGCCGCGCUCGCGCGCGCUCACUCUGCUCGUCCUCCUCGCCCUCCUCGUCCUCUCGGCCCUCCUCCUGCUCGCUCACCCCUGCCACACUCUCUGGAGCAAAACAAAGAGAAUCAAAAGUAACAGAGGCAAAACAGGGAACACGCACUCUAACAAAAAACCCUAUUGACUUUGUACAUUGUUGUACAGUGAAAAGCAGCACUUCUCUGAAAGAGAAAGAAAAAGAAAGAUGUCUAUAUAUAAAUACAAGUGUGGCAUGGCUGGGCAGACUGCUCCUGUGCUCCUGGAUGAGAGACAGAACACAUGCUACUGAAGAAGAAAUCAUCGGGAACGGACUGUCUUCAUCACGCCAUCAAAAAAGGAGAAAAAUGAAGUGGGAUUGAAGAGUCGCUCCAUGACGCUCACAUCGGAAUCGAGCCAAGCCCCGACACGGUGACUGGACUGGGCUCUCUGCUCUGUGAACAGUCGGCCAAAAAGCACAUGAGACACCAGAGAGGGUGAGGAGCAGUUGUAUAUUUGUGAAGGGGCAGAGGCCCAGAUAAGCACUUGGGACACAGCACGCAAGUUCUGACUGGAACAACAGCCUUGAGUUUACACCGUAAAAAAGAAAUGAAAAGAAAAAAGUCUGAACUGUGAAAUUCACUUCUCAGUGUUACAGCUACUGGAUGCAGCUAUCAAGGUUUCAUCUUGAGGAAGGUCUCAAAUCUUUCUACUGUACUGGUUACUGAAUAACACCUGACUGUUAAUACUAAUAACUGGUUGUAUUUAUUUUUAAUAAGUGCUUUCAAAGAAAGACUUAAUCUUUUUAGGCUCAAGAGAUCUUUUUUUAAUUAUUAUUUUAAUUAAUCAAGUGUAAAAUUAUUUAAAGUCAUUAAACUGGAGCCAGUUCAAGUCUUUUCCAUUGUUGUUGUCAGAAGACGUCCGCUAACUCUUUUUGGGGCCUUUGCGAAAGUGAACAUUAGAGAGCUCUGACCCCUUGUGUAUGAGGGUGUAUAUUUAUUUAACUGUGCCAGAGAUAGACCAGCCAUGGACCUGUUUGCUCAAUGUUUGGAUGGUCAAACAAAUGAAUAAAUCAUUAGAAUGGAGAAUUUUAAACUCCAUCCUUUACUCUCACUUCCUGGAUGGCCAUCAGUGAAGCGGGUUUAUGGCCUGGAGCAGGUUGAUGACCUCACUUCCUGUAGAGUUUGGUGACCUCACUUCCAGACGACCACUGGCCCUUUUUGUGUUACAAGGCAUCAUAUUUUGCAUGUGAAAGUGCAAAGGACAUUUUUGUCCACCCCCUCCCCUUUCCACCCCCAUACACACAUAUGCAGACUCACACACUCCGACGACUAGAACGUGUGGUUGCUUGGACUCAUCACCAUGCUGUUGAAAGCACUCAGCUUGUUGAGGACGUUUUUAAAAUGGAUUAUCUUCUGCCCUCCUGACUACACAAACCUGUUACCAGUGACGUCUGAGCGGUCUGUUAAAUAGCCUGUUUGUGUUUCACUUCCACGUGUAAAUUUGUGCCUUACACUCCUUGAGUAGUGAUUUUUCUUUUCUUUUGUUUUUUUCUUUUUGUUUUGUAUUUUCGUUUCUUACUUUUAAUUGUUUAACUGUUUUCCCUUGUAGCUUUUCUGAUGAUUAUUCCCCUUGUUUAAAAAAGAAAAAGCAGUGAAAGAAUGUAGGUGUUCUUGUAGUAACUCUGGUCCUGUUGGA